AUGCAGAAGAUGAGCUCUGUUUUGGCUCUGCAGCCCAACUUCUCCGACACGGACAGCAAAUUCGUCCAGGAUUUCUGGCUCAAGCUCAAGCUCAUGGAGGACAACCAAGAAGAGGUCAAGUUACAGAGUCACGCAGCCGUAGCAGAAGAAGAGAAUCGAGAUGGAGAUGACGAAUCAUUGGAAUUGGAUGGAGAAAUUGAUGAGGAGGAGGAAGGCGAAGAUGAUGAAGAUGAGGAGGAGGAGGAUGAAUUCAGUUUCUCCAGAGCAUUCGGCGAGGAUUCCUUGAUUUCCGCCGAGGAAGCGUUCCUCAACGGCCAGAUCCGCCCGAUUUUCCCCCUAUUCAACCAGGAUCUACUCCUCCCCGACGCCGACGCCGCUCCCGCCGUCCAGCCGGAGGGACCCUUCUGCGAGUGGAGGGGGAAACCCUCCGCCGCGGCGGUGGUAGACCCGUCGCCGGACGUCUGCAAGAAGAGCAACUCCACCGGCUUCUCCAAGCUCCGGAGGUUCAGGGAGCUCGUCCUCCGCAGCAACAGCGACGGCAAGGACAAAUUCGCCUUUCUCCCCCACCACCACGGUCACCACAAUCCCGAGGCCGCGAGCGGGACUCCGGCGAAGAAAACCGCCGCCACCGCGUCGAAGAAGAAGAAGAAGGUGGAAACGUCGGCGUUUGAGAAGAUAUACGCGAGGAGGAAGCAGGAAGAGAAGAGUGGUAAGAGGGCGUCGUACCUGACGUACAAGCAAGUCGGAUUCUUCGCCAGCGUCAAUGGGUUGAGCAAAAAUGUUCAUCCCUAUUAG